AGCAACAACUCUUCGUCAGCCCACUCCAGUCAGACCAUCAGAUCAUCAACGAUGUCCGCUGUACGCCCUUUCGCCAUUGCGCUGCUGGCAGGCCUGGCAGUCACUGCUCACUUCGCGCUGGCCAAACAAUCCGAAUGGAACGGCACCGUCAAUCUUGAGAAUGUCCUCGCAAAUCCAGUCAAGAUUUUACCCGGUACCAACAUCCCUCUUUCUCUUCCUCGUACCGGCCUGGAUAAGUUGGACAACUUCUUUGCCUUCAUGGCAGCGUUCUUCCACACGACUCUGGACUCAAGAAACGUCCGAGCUCACUGGCAAGGAAACCAUCUCCUCGGCACGCUCUCUAGCAUCUGGAUCAUGAUGCUGUCGGAAGCUCACGGCAGUACCUCCACCGGCUUCUUCUUCGCGACAUACUUCUUCGAGGUCAUGGGAGAGCUGCUUGGUAUUGGACUCUUCACGCCAAUCUGGGCAAUCACGCAUCUGCUUAUGGUCCGGAACCCGACGAAGACUGUCACCAAGCCUACCGCGGCGCCAAGCGGACACUCCAAAGCUUUGGGCUAUGCAUUGAUGAUCGGUCAUGUUGUGCCGAGCGCUUUCAUGCUUCGCACCCAGCCUGACGGUCAGGGCAUUCUUUCGCAGCCGUUGUGGGCGAUUCUUCGACUCUUCCAUCCGGUGUGGGUGUACGUGGCUUGGAAGACCAUCACCGUGCUCGGUGGGAAGAGCGCCGCAUCCGUUUCAACUGAGCCGGCAUUCUUCACCCGGCGCAAGUUCUACGUGUUCAGCAUUCUGGCGUCGGGCUUCUUCCACAUCAUUUCUUUGGCGUAUCUGUUGAGUGGUCACCUGGCAUCUGGUUGGCUCAAGGAGGAUGUUGUCGCGGCGCUUGACGCCAGAAUCGUCUUGAUUCCAACCCAGUUCUAUCCAGAAUCGGUCGUUCAGAAGGUGCCCUUCGAAACUGGCGUUGCGAUAUUCCUCCAGUGGGAUUACCUCUGCUCAUCUGCUGCGAUCGUGAUCUGGGCUGCUACUUUGUCGGCAGAAGCUAUUUCUGCUUCCAAGAGGAAGAGCGGAGGCAGCGUUCUGGAGACCUAUGCCCAGGCUGGACUGGUUUCGAUUCUCGCUGGACCUGGCGCAGCUGCCGCAUUCCUGCUGCAGGAACGGGAUGCGGUAUUGGCAGCACCUGUCGAGCUUGUCGAGAAGAAACGACAGUGA